AUGAUAAUAAUUGGUCUUAAUUCUGUCAAAUGACACAAGAAUAUGUAAAGGGUAUGGAAUUCAGAAUUAAUUGAUGGGAUUUCAAAGGGAUAAAGCUCUUGAAAAGGCAAGGACGUUCCAUUAUUGACUCUGAAGCUUUAUCAUGAUGAGGCUUAACCUCUGCAGUUGUCCAACAGAAGUUGUUUUGUACAAAUUGCAUUGCCUGUAAUGCAGCCAAACUUACAUUCACUACUAGUUAAGAAGAUUCCAUUCAUGAAGGAAAUGCUCAUAUCUGCAUGUCUUGAUUGAAUUAGAUUUAAGGAUAAAAUUCAACUCGCUUUCCUACAAGGAAAUCAUAAUUUCUUGUUUAUUUCUCAACAACAAGAAGAAAUGCAAUUAACAUGGCCAACAACAGACAACCUACUUAUGAACGCAAUGAAAUCACAAACACUGCAUGCUCUCAAUUUCCUUAACAUAUGAAAAUCCACUUAGUUGUGUCCUCAUGAUCCACCAUUCGCACCCCUACUAGAUAUUUCCUUACCACAACCCACAUUCUCUCUAACAAAGAUCCUCGGGAUGGAGAAGAAAGGAUCACAAAGAGAUGGGACCUUGUUGCAGCAUCCGCUUCUCCUUGUACUUGCUUUAGCUAUAGGUUUUGUUAUAAUGGAUCCGUUUAAAAUGGGACCUUUGGGACACCAUGAUUUCAAGCCUGUCAAGCAUGACCUUGCACCUUACAAGCAAGUCAUGGAAAACUGGCCUAGAGACAAUAAAAGCAGAUUAGGGUCCGGGAAUUUGGAGUUUGUCGAUGAAGUUUUCGGCCCUGAAUCGUUGGAGUUCGACAGCCUGGGGCGAGGCCCUUAUGCUGGGUUGGCUGAUGGACGUGUUGUGAGAUGGAUGGGAGAGGAUGUUGGAUGGGAAACAUUUGCUCUUGUUUCCACAAACUGGUCAGAGAAACUUUGUGCUAGGGGAGUUGACUCAACCACAUCUAAGCAAUGGAAGCAUGAGAAACUGUGUGGUCGUCCAUUAGGUCUGAGGUUCCACAAAGAGAGUGGAAAUUUGUACAUUGCUGAUGCUUAUUAUGGCCUUCUGGUUGUUGGACCUGAAGGAGGACUUGCUACUCCUUUGGCCACUCAUGUGAGAGGGGACCCAAUACUCUUUGCAAAUGACCUUGACAUUCACAAGAAUGGAUCCAUCUUCUUUACUGACACCAGCAAAAGAUACGACAGGGUGGACCAUUUCUUCAUAUUGUUGGAAGGAGAAUCCACUGGCAGGCUUCUCAGAUAUGACCCUCCUACCAAAACGACUCACAUUGUAUUGGAUGGCUUAGCAUUUCCAAAUGGAGUUCAGCUAUCUAAGGAUCAAACUUUCCUGGUCUUCACUGAGACCACCAAUUGCAGAAUAAUGAAAUACUGGCUAGAAGGACCGAAAACUGGAAAGGUUGAACUUGUUGCAAACUUGCCUGGUUUUCCAGACAAUGUAAGACUGAAUGAAAAAGGCCAAUUCUGGGUUGCAAUAGAUUGUUGCAGGACAGCAGCUCAAGAGGUUCUUACACACAAUCCAUGGGUGAAGAGUGUCUAUUUCCGGUUACCAAUCCGUAUGAGGUACUUAGCAUGGCUGAUGGGCAUGAAGAUGUACACAGUUGUUUCCCUCUUCAAUGAGAAUGGCGAAAUCUUGGAAGUUCUUGAGGAUCCGAAGGGUGUCGUAAUGAAGCUAGUGAGUGAAGUCAGAGAAGUAGAAGGGAAGCUAUGGAUUGGAACUGUAGCUCAUAACCAUAUUGCUACCAUUCCUUAUCCCUAGCAUCGAAACCAUCUUUGAUGGUUAUUUUGUUUAUCUGUGGUGUACUAAAUGUCGUCUUUAAUUUGGAAUUUCCUUCAUUUAACAAUGGUUAAACAACUUGCAGACUUCUCUGUCACUUUCUAGAUCUCUUCCCCGAGUUUUUUUUUUUUUUCCUUGAGAAUCUUCAUCCCCUUGUGAUCAGUAAGAUUUGCCAAAUAAAUGCUGAAUUUUGUAGCUUAAUAGUCAAGAAAAAUGCAGUUAAGGCUGUGGUAUAGCAACAAAGGUGACCAAACACGCAAGCAUCCAAUAUCACACAAGUAGAGAACAAGGGUACACCCGAGGACAAAGCUUAGAAUUUUGAAUCAACAAAUCGCCAUCAAAGGGCCAUGAUGGAAGAAAGGUUCUACAUAAACUAAUAUUAAAUGCUUAAGCUAUAAACUCAAUCUUCAAGGAAACUAGAAUAUAGAACCCGCCUAAAUGAGGUAUGAAUGUAAAGUAUCUAAAAGUGGAGAUAAAAGGUAAAUGUCCUA